AUGCCGCUUGCGAGGUCAGGGCCGUUGAUAAGAAGCAGACGACAGGUCACAGAGAAGCAAACGAUCUCCGGUCAUCAAAUCGAGACUUCGGCUGUUGAGUUGGACCUACCUGAAACUUCUCUAAAGAAUGUAUCUGAAGCAGGUGAUGAAAAAAACACAUUGAAUGUUCAAGUAUCGAACAUUGGUGAGGGAAUAGCUACUUUGAGUAGUACUUCAUUGGACGAACUAAAUUCCACUUUUAGUAAUACUUCAUCGGGCGAACCAGAUACCACUUUAACUAAUAUUUCAUUUGAUGAACUAAAUAUCAUGUUUAGCAAUUUUUCACUGGAAAAAGAAAAUACCACUUUUAUCUCACGAGCUGAUGUAAAUCCACAAACGACAACUUUUUCGUCCCAGUGGGAAUCUACAAAAUACAACUCAACUUUGCCGAAAACUGAACCCAACAACUCAAACUUUACAACAGAAAACACAAACUGGACGUCCUACUCUCCAUCUGCUCCACCCAGCCCAGUGUCGCCCAGCAGAGCAGCGCUCAUAGCCAUGAACUGGUAUAUGACGCUGAUCAUCAACCCCGUUAUAGGCGCGCUAGGAAUUCUGGGCAACAUCGUCAACUGUCUCAUUCUCAACCGCGACGGGCUGGACAAACCUUCCAACAUAUUCCUCUUCGCCUUGGCUAUAGCGGAUGUCUGCACCCUAGUCGAUAGCCUCGACGUGGCCACCAUCUUGUCUCAAUUACCGAAGUCAAUCCCGCUGGGUAGUUCGUUCAUAGAGUACGACUGUCAUCGGAAGUGGCAAGGGGAGAUCAUUCUAAAUAUAAACCGUGUGAUCAUCGGGUUGUUUACCUUUGGCGUCAACAUUACCUCAACACUGUGUGUCGUCAUCACCAUAGAGAGACUGGUCGCCAUUUUUUCCCCGCUGAAAUUUAAAACACUUAUAACAUGCACACGUGCUUGGUUGGUCGUGGCGACCGUCUCUGCUGUUUACUUUGCCCAAACGGUAAUUUUAAUGCGAAAACUGUAUUUUGUUUUCGGGUUUUCUUCUAAAUACCAAGUUUGUCUUUGUGGUAGCGUCGUUCGAUACGACGACUUUGAAAUGUUUCUGGAUAUGGCUGUGACCUGGAUCGGUUGCGGCGUGUCACUGGCUAUCAUCACCGUCGGGUCUUGCGUUAUCCUCGUGAAAAUCAAGCUCAUCCAACGAAAUCGACGUCACAUGACGUCAUCGGCGUCUUCCUCGACGUCACGAACGACGAGGACGUUGAUGUCCGUGUGCGGUGUGUUCGUGGUGACGCAAGUUAUCCGUUUCCCGUACGCCAUCUCCAGCCAGCCGUUCGAGGACAUUUAUGUGAACUUGAUGUACACCAUGGUUGUCAUGACAACGUCCUAUAUCAACAGCGCCGUUAAUUUCGUCAUCUACGUCACGCUCAAUUCUAAAUUUAGAAAGAUUUUUGUCGCUAUGGUUGGAUGCAGAAAGGAUAAGAAAAGUUUGAAGGGAAGUAACUCCCAAGGAUAA